GCACCACUCAUCUCUAGCUCACUUCUGUAGGAACCAAUAAUUAAACUGACACACCAAAAAAAUGGUAGCAUCAGAGUCUCUUGUUCAUGUCCUUCUUGUUUCAUUCCCCGGUCAAGGCCAUGUUAACCCGUUACUCAGACUCGGUAAGCGACUCGCUUCGAAGGGCUUACUCGUCACCUUUUCAGCUCCUGAAGUCGUCGGAAAACAGAUGAGAAUUGCUAACAAUAUCACGGAUAAUGAGUCGGUUCCAGUUGGCGACGGUUUUAUUCGAUUCGAGUUUUUCGAAGAAGGUUUGGAAGAAAACGAUCCGAAACGAAAGGAUCUUGAUCAAUACAUGGCGCAACUCGAGCUCUUCGGAAAGAAAGAAAUUUCAGAAAUGGUGUUAAGAAGCAAAAAUGAAGGUAGACCGGUUUCUUGCUUGAUAAACAAUCCAUUUAUUCCUUGGGUUUCUGAUGUAGCUGAAGAUUUAGGGUUACCUUCUGCAGUUCUUUGGGUUCAAUCUUGUGCUUGUUUUUCAGCUUAUUAUCAUUAUUAUCAUAAUCUUGCUCUUUUUCCAACUGAAGAAAAUUCUGAAAUUGAUGUUGAAUUGCCUUUUAUGCCUAUUCUAAAACAUGAUGAAAUUCCAAGUUUCUUGCAUCCCAAGUCACCUUAUCCUUUCUUGAAGAGAGCAAUUUUAGGUCAAUUCAAGAAUCUUGAAAAACCCUUUUGUAUUUUGAUGGAAACAUUUCAAGAAUUGGAGAGUGACCUAAUAGAUUACAUGUCCAAGCUUUGUAAUGUCAAGCCGGUCGGUCCGUUGUAUAAAAACCCUAAAUCUGACCUAACCCUAAACACAAAUAUUAUCAAAGGUGAUUUCUUGAAAGCUGAUGAUUGUAUUGAAUGGUUAGACACUAAAAAACCAAAUUCAGUUGUUUAUAUUUCAUUUGGUAGUAUUGUGACGGUAAAUCAAGAACAAUUGAAUGAAAUUGCACUUGGGAUUUUAAGUUCGGAAGUUUCAUUCUUGUGGGCUAUGAAACCGCCGGCUAAAGAAUCCGGUUUGACCCCGGUUUCUUUACCGGAAGGGUUUGUGGAAAAAGUGGGAGAUAGAGGGAAAAUUGUUAAAUGGAGUCCCCAAGAAAAAGUAUUAGCUCACGAUUCAAUUGCUUGCUUCGUAACACAUUGCGGGUGGAACUCGACAAUGGAAGCGCUAUCCUCGGGUGUGCCGGUGGUUUGCUACCCGCAAUGGGGUGAUCAAGUAACGGAUGCGAAGUACUUAGUUGAUGAGUUUAAGGUUGGCGUUAGAAUGUGCCGCGGAAUGGCCGAAAAUAAGUUGAUUACACGUGACGAGGUGGAGAAAUGUUUGCUCGAGGCGACCGUCGGACCAAAAGCGGAGGAGAUGAGGCAGAAUGCGUUGAAAUGGAAGGAAGCGGCGGAGGCAGCGGUUGCUGAAGGUGGUUCAUCGGAUAGGAAUAUACAAGCUUUUGUGGAUGAGAUUAAGGGGAUGAAAAGUACGAGAGGUGGAUAAGUGUUUUACUUGUCAAUGUCUAGGCCUUAAAUAAGGUAAUGAAAAGUUCAUAUAGAUUUGAUUAACUACGGGGGUUAAAUGUAUGAGUGAUACCUAAACUCCAUGGUGUACUUUAAAUUGAUAUCUAUACUUUAAUUUGUAUCUUUCUAAUGCCAUGUCUUUAAUUUUUGUUUCA